AUGGAGUCUUGCGAUACCCAGUUUGGCCCUCGAGUCGACACAGUCUGUCGGUCAUUCGACUUUACGCUUUAUUUCGAAGAUGCCAUCUUAAGCGCAGUCGCUAGUGCCAUCUUCAUCUCGAUUGCCAUGGUCCCAUUGAUCAGACUUUUGCGCCAGCCAAAUAUUGUCAAAAGCUCUUACCUGCUUGGCUUGAAAUUGUGGCUUACACCGCGCCAGGUCGUUUUUUUCAUCCUGAUCGUCCUUCAAGCCGUUUUUCUAGGACUGCGAGUCAACAGCAAAAACUUGCAUACCAGUGCUUCAAUUGCCGCCGACGUAUUGUCAUUGGUAGCCACAGGCGCCGCAAUCGCCCUGUCAUGGCUACAGCACCAUCGAUCCGAGCAGCCGUCCACCACUCUGACUCUUUACUUGUCUGCACUUGUGCUGCUAGACAUCGCCCGAGUCCGUACUUUGUGGUUGCUCCCCAACACCUCGGCUGCAUCUUCCGUGAAAACGGUCGCUUUGCUACUUACGGCUGCGACCCUGGUGCUUGAGUCGACUGGCAAGAGGGCCAGCCUGCGUCAGCCGGAAAAGCUUGCACAUUCUGGCCCGGAACCUUUCAUCGGAUUCUGGAGCAUAACUGGUUAUGUCUGGGUAUUGGGAACCCUUACUCGUGGCUACCGCAAUUUUCUCUCCGUCGAGGACCUGCCCGAGCUCGACUACCGCAUCUCGGCAGACAAGCUACACCACAAGCUACAAAGUCACUUGAGAAACGCCCACCUUUUCAAGAAGAAUGCGUUUGUCGCAGCUUGCGCUCGCGCUUUUGCCUCGUCCUUCAUAUUGGCUGUUAUCCCCCGCCUCUUGUUGGUCGGAUUCAGAUUUGCCCAGCCCUUUAUGAUUACAAACAUGCUACAAUUCAUCGGCGACAGAAGCGCACCGCAAAACAUUGGCAACGCGCUGAUUGGCGCAUAUGCUCUCGUGUACGCCGGCAUGACUGCAAGUAGCACCAACGCCACCAUUUCCAUGGCCUUGUAUCGCUACUACUCAAACAGAUUCAUCAUUGCACUUCGUGGCGGCUUAAUCUCUGUCAUUUAUCAGCACACGGUUGAGGCACAUGGCCUUGAUCUUGGUGAUAUCGACGGCCUGACCCUCAUGGGCGCUGAUGUAGAGCGCAUCUCGACUGGCUUUCGGACAAUUCACGAGAUAUGGGCGUCGCCCAUUGAGAUCAUCAUCGCCGUCUAUCUGCUUCAAAGACAAAUUUCCGUUGCCUGCGUUGUGCCAGGUCUUCUCGUUCUUGCCUUUGUCUUAUUGACCUUUGUUGUUGCUUCUCUCGCCAAAAAAUACCAGAGAGCAUGGAUUGAAAAGGUUGAAGAGCGACUGCGCCUCACUACAAACAUGCUCGCCAACAUGAGGGCUGUCAAGAUGCUCGGCCUCAGUCCUAGAAUGUUUUCCGUCCUCUACAAAGCGCGAGACGUGGAGAUUGAGACUUCCACGCGCUAUCGAUGGACAUUGAUUGGACAAAUUUUCUUUUCUAAUGCGCCAUUGAUGUUUGCGCCCGUUGUCACAUUCAUCGUCUUUGUCGCAAUAGCCAACGCCCGUCACAACAACUCAUUUCUAGCUGGCAAGGCAUUCACGUCCUUGUCACUCAUUUCACUUUUGACAGAGCCUACCUUUCUGUUGAUCCAAGCUAUUCCCAGCGUAUACGAAUGUCUCAGCAGCUUCGACCGAAUGCAAGAAUUCUAUCGACAGCCCAUUCAUCCCGGGCUGCUAACCAAAACAGGCGAUGCACCUAGUACAGAAGAAAAAGAAUCGAAUACUUCUCAGGAUCAGCCUGUUGUAAGAUUUGUGGACCAGGAUUUUGCCUGGACUGACACUAGUCCGGCCGUGCUCAGGAAUCUCAAUGCCUCUAUUCGCAAAGGACGCUUCACAGCCAUCGUGGGCCGUACUGGCAGUGGAAAAUCGACCUUGCUUGAGAGCAUACUCGCAGAGACCGCCGACCUUGGUGGAUGUACGGAACGCAGGUUUGCCUCUGCGGCCUAUUGCUCCCAGGUUCCGUGGCUGGUAAACGGCACCCUAAAGAGCAACAUCACCUAUGGCUCCUCGGCCCCAGCUGACGAGGAAUGGUAUCAAACUGUGCUGGUAGCCUGCGGGCUCGAGAAUGACAUCCAAAACCUAGCGGCUGGUGACCUGACAGAAAUUGGUGACAGCGGCAGCAAGCUAAGCGGCGGCCAGAAGCAGCGAGUAAGCCUCGCACGCGCCGUAUACUCACGACAGCAAGUCAUCUUGCUCGACGACGUCUUUAGCGGCCUGGACAAUGCCAACAUUGCCCACAUCUCGGAGAUGCUCUUUGGCUCAGAGGGACUCUUGCGUAGGAGUGGAUCGACCAUCAUCCUCGUCACUCACUCCAAGUAUGUCAUGAUGAUGGCUGACGACGUCUUGGUUGUUGACCAGGGUACCAUCGUGGAAUCGCGGAGCGUGGCAUCGCUGCAGUCCAGCAACGGCUUCUCGUCUGGAUACCAGAUUGAAGAGUCCCCUGUUGAUACUGAUGCAGAUAGUCAAGAAGAUGGGCCCAGCAGCAAAAAGAUGCCAAAAGACGGCUCACAAGAGACGGCCGAGCUUUCUGCACUCAACGAGGAGGCUGCAGACCUCAAACGCGCACACGGAGUGCCUUCUGUCUACCGCUAUUACAUGCACUCAUCCGGAUACCUCAAGGUGAUUCUCAUGCUUUCCGGCGCCGCCUUGUACAUAUUCUGCAAUGAAUUUGGCAUCGUCUGGAUUGAUCUCUGGUCAUCCGCCAACUCCAACCAUCCCGGCCACGCCAAAAACGGCAUGUACCUUGGCGUCUACGCUGCCUUGGGAGCCAUUUCCAGCGCUCUUCUCUUGUUUCUCUGCUGGCUGGUUUUUAUCAACAUAAUCUCCGUGUCCUCGCGGAACCUGCACACGGAUCUCUUAAACGCCGUCAUCCGCGCUCCGCUGCUCUUCUUCCAGGAGACCGACGCCGGCAACAUUACGAACCGUUUCAGUCAGGACAUGGAGCUCAUCGGCAUCGAGCUUCCCGUUAUCAUCGUCAAUUACCUGGCCGCUCUCUUCGAGUGUAUCGCCAAAAUGCUCCUCUUGGCCGUAUUUGGACGCUACCUGACGGCGUCGCUGCCGAUUUUUCUCGCUGCCAUUUAUAUCAUCCAGCGCAUCUACCUCCGCACAUCACGCCAGGUCCGGCUGCUCGACACUGAAGCCAAGGCACCCGUCUAUCUGCAGUUUCUCGAGUCCAAGAAUGGGGCGGCCACACUGCGUGCGUUUGGAUGGCAGCAUUCGUGCCAGUUGGCCCUGCAGAGACUGCUCAAUCGCUCCCAGAGGCCAGUGUAUCUGCUCUACUGCAUACAGCAAUGGCUCGCACUAGUCUUGGAUGCUCUUGUAUCUGCUUUGGUCCUGAUAUUGAUUGCCAUCGUGGUCACCUGGCGAGACAAGUUUUCCCAGGGGAGCGUCGGUGUGUCUCUGGUCACCGUAAUGACUUUCAACUCUUCGUUGACGCAGCUGAUUAAAAUGUGGACUUCACUCGAAACCUCGAUUGGUGCCGUUGGCCGCAUCAAGGAGUUCAAAGACUACACUGUGCCCGAGGAGGAAGAGCUAGGCAUAUUGCAGCCACAGAGCCCUCCGCCAAACUGGCCCGUAAAAGGCAAUAUCGAGUUUCGAAACGUGGUCGCCUCGUACAAGGAAGUUGGGCCGCCCGUUCUCAAAGGUCUAACGCUGUCGAUCAAGGCUGGCGAAAAGGUCGCCAUCUGCGGCCACUCUGGCAGUGGCAAGACGUCGCUCAUUCUAAGUCUGCUACACAUGAUUCACAUUAAAGGUGAAGUCAUGAUAGACAAUGUCGAUAUCCACAACUUGGUGCCAAAUGAGCUGCGUGCUCUCAUCAAUAUUGUGCCCCAAGAGCCUUUCUUAAUGCCCGGCUCAGUACGCCAGAAUGUCGACCCAUUCCAAGUCGCAGAAGAUGUCGCCAUCAUGGCGGCUCUCAAGCGUCUCGGUCUUUGGAAUCGCAUCGAAGCAGCUGGCGGUAUCGGUGCCGACAUGCCCCUUGCUUCCUGGUCCGUCGGUGAACGGCAGUUGAUUUGCAUGGCCAGAGCCAUGGUGAGGAAGAGCCCAAUUCUAAUCCUCGACGAAGCUACAAGCAGCGUCGACCACAAGACGGAGGAAAUCAUGCAACAAGUACUAGAGACUGAAUUUGCAGACAAAACUGUGCUUUCAGUGGUGCAUAGGCUAGGGUAUAUUGAGCGGUAUGACAAGGUUGCAGUCCUGCAAAAGGGGGAAUUGAUGGAGUUUUAUGCGCCAGGAACACUGCUUGCUCAGCCGUUGACGUUGCUGGCGGCGAUGAAGAAGGCGGGAACACGAGGAUAA